AUGGACCGCAGGCGCUCCCCGAGGCUCUGGCGGCUGCUCCUGCUGGCGGCCGCGGGCGCCGGGCUCCUCGGGUGCUGGAACUCCGCACCGUGGAGCUGGCGGCCCGCAAGGCCCGAGGCCUGCCCGCGCCCCCUGCUCCUGGCCCUGCAGGGGCGCCCGCGCUUCCAGCGGCUCUUCGAUCUGUCCACGCCCGUGCUGCUGUGGGGCGGCCUCCUCUCCCCGCAGCUCUGGGACAGCCUGAGCCAGCUCCCGGGCCCCUGCAGCUGGCGAGGACUCCCCCGGGAGCCCAUCGCCUCCACCCUGCGCCUCCUGAACGGCUCGGAGAGCGCGCGGCUCUUCUCCGCGUCCCAGGAGCUGCGGUGCAUUCGCUGCGCCGUGGUGGCCAACGGGGGCAUCCUGCGGGGCUCCGGCCAGGGCCGCCGCAUCGACGCCCACGACUAUGUCUUCAGAGUCAAUGGUGCCGUGACCAAAGGCUUCGAGAAGGACGUGGGCACCAAGACCUCCUUCUACGGCUUCACGGUAAACACGAUGAAAAAUUCCCUCUCCGUCUACAGGAGCCUGGGCUUCCGCUCGGUGCCACAAGGGCGAGGCGUGCGCUACAUCUUCAUCGCUUCCAACAUCCGAGACUACCUGAUGCUGCGAUCGGCUAUUCUGGGUGUGCCUGUCCCCGAGGGUCCAGACAAAGGGGACAGGCCUCAGGUCUACUUUGGGCCAGAUGCGCCUGCAGGUAAAUUCAAGCUCCUACAUCCAAUCUUCAUCCACUACCUGACAGAGAGGUUUUUGAAUUCGAGCUUGAUUGACAAUGACACUCAACACAUAUACAUGCCUAGUACUGGUGCCAUCAUCCUGCUGACGGCUUUGCAUACCUGUGACCAGGUUAGUGCCUAUGGAUUUAUCACGAGAAACUACCAGACAUUUUCUAACCACUAUUUUGACCCCCAAAAGAUGCCACUGAUAUUUUAUGAAAACCAUGAUCUGCUGCUUGAGGCAGCUCUGUGGGAAGAUUUGCAUAGGGCUGGCAUCAUGCAGCUGUAUCAGCGCUGA